UAGCACACCGCUUGCCGUAGUCGUGACGUCACAAUCAAAACAAGUGACUUUUUGGGAUUACGACCUUAUUCCGUGGAAUUUAUUCUUUAUAUCUAAUUGUUGUCACAAUGUCUCAAGACCUUUGGUUACAGAAUUAUGAUGCCACGUGCCGUCUAGCACAGGAAAUAGCAGAAAACAUUCAUGAGAGGAACAGACAGCAGAGAACAGGGGGAAACCCUUCUAAGAUAAACAUGACAUUACGGGCUUCACUCCAGAAACUGAAGCAGAAUAACGCCCAGCUUAAAGACAGCUUGUUGCGAACAUCUUCAUCUCGGCGAAUAAUGCAGGCAGAAGCUGACAGAAGACAGAACCUUGUUGAUGACCUGCUAACCAGAGAAAAGCAGCUGAAUGCAAGUUUCAGAGGAGACGUCACAGAGCCUGAGACUACCAGGUCCACAUUGAUGGCUGGAGGGGCAGCGGCCAGUGGGGGCAGUGGGGGCAACCCGUGGCUGAUCAAUGAAUCAGAGGAGACCAGGGGGCUGACCUUUGGAGAGAUCAAGCAGCAACAACAAAAAAUUAUUGAAGUCCAGGAUGCGGGUCUGGACGCGCUGGCAGCGGUCAUCAGCCGACAGAAGAUCAUGGGUCAGGAUAUUGGCAAUGAGCUGGAUGAACAGAACGAAAUCAUCGAUGAUCUCGCACAUCUCGUUGACAAGACAGAUAACAGGAUUCGGAACGAGACGCGACGUGUGAAGCUGGUGGAGACAAAGUCUGCCUCAUGCUGGAUGCUGGUGGUGAUCGUCCUGCUUCUCAUAGCCAUCAUCGUGAUUGGGGUGUGGCCUAUGUAGCACCUCCCGGCUGCGGCGGCCACGGGCUUGAUGGCUUCAGCUCUGCAAAGCACAGAUAUAAGCUCUGGAUUCCUGCUAUUUAUGGUUCAACAAAAUAAAUGUCGAUGAAAGCGGUUUUCUGGAUGAUUAUACAGGCAGGUGUUGGUUGGCUCUGACUUUUUACUGAUUGUAAGUAUAUAAAAUGUCUUAAAAAAUAAUUGUAAUGCUUUUUUUUUAAGAUAAAACUGAUCAAUAAUAACACCGUUGAAUGGUUUAUUUGUGUGUAAGCAGCUUGAAAAAGAUUUCUGUUGGAGCUCCCAGAGGCAGCAGCAGCUUUUCUUCAACUUUGUGAUCCACCUGCGGAGUAACUCUGCAAAGUUAGCAGCGUUCACAUAUCCGUGCAUUACUGCUCGUUUCCUUCCCAUAAAUCAAGUUGGCUGGUAAUUAAAAAAAUAAAAAAAAGACAUUUCCACUUAAUGGUCCCCGGAUUGCUGUCUGUCUGCGUUUGUCUGCGUAGCGCGGGCUGCUCAUGCCUCUCUCAGGAGUUUUUUGGACAUUUUUAAAGUUACAGUCCAAGAGUACUAAUAUUAUAUUUUCCAUUAUGAGAUCCUCACCAGAUUUCUUGUGCUGCACUUCAAUCUGAAAACCAGAAAGAAAACAUUAAAGAACUUCUCACAGACA